AGAAAAAGUGAGCCGUUUACAUUCUAGUGAUGGAAGAGUGUCCUGUGGACUCAGCGCAUGAGGAACGCAUGACCGAGCUUGGAGAGCGGAUUUCAGAUUUGAUAGCAACGCCUAAACCAUAUAUGGACAGCAUUAAACAACUUGUGUCUUUAGGUAGCAGUUCCAACACUAUUGUGUUCUCACUACUGUUAGGUAUUUUACUUGGUGCAGCUUCUUAUAUUGGAUUCCAAAGGAGAAAGAGAACCAACGAGCCACUGGAUCCCGUGGAGUAUAGAGAGUUUCUUCUGGUUGACAAAACUAUUGUUUCCCAUAAUACCAGAAAGUUUCGUUUAGCUUUUGCUGAUCCUGAGACAAUAUUGAAUUUGCCUUUGGGAAAUCACGUUUCCGUAAAAGCUGUGGUGGAUAAUAAGGAAGUAUCGAGACCGUAUACCCCUAUUUCGCCCAAAGACACCAAAGGAUAUUUCGAGUUACUCAUCAAGGUGUAUCCAGCUCCUUAUGGAACCAUGUCGAGAUACCUCGAUUCCUUAAAACUCGGUGAUAGUUUAUGGGUACGUGGGCCAAAAGGAAAGUUUACCUAUUCUCGCAAUAUGAGAAAGUGUAUCGGUAUGAUUGCAGGUGGCACAGGGAUAACUCCGAUGUAUCAGUUGAUUCAAGCUAUUUUAAGCGACCCACAAGAAACAACUGUGAUUCGUCUCAUUUUUGCCAACGUCACGAUCGAUGAUAUUCUUUUGAAAGACGAGUUGGAAUCGUUUGCCAAAAAUCAUUCUCGAUUUCGAGUAUUUUUUGUUUUGAAUCAGCCACCGGAGAACUGGAGACAAGGAGUAGGUUUCGUUACUCGAGAACACAUUGAGCAACAUAUAGGAAUGCCUCAACGAGGAGAGAAAAUGGUAUUGCGUUGUGGACCACCUCCUAUGAACAAGGCAAUGCAUUCCAUACUGAUAGAUAUGGGAUAUGAAGAAGAGGAUUUAUUCAAGUUUUAAAUAGGAGGAUCACAUUUUAGAACUAUACUCUUUUUUAAGCUGUUCGUUCAGCUUUUACAUCAGUAAAGAAGGAUGGAAAUAUUAUUCUCAACUUUUUCAUUUAU